AUGGCCAGCGCCGAACAACCAAACCAGACUCCUCCUCCAGAGCAACCAAAUCAGAACGACGAAGGCGCACCCACCAAAAGUGCGCUCAAGAAGGCUGCCAAAGCCGCUGAGAAGGCCGCAAAGGCUGCUGAAAAGGCUGCAAAACAACAAGAGUUGGCUCAGCAGAAGGCGGAUGCAGAAGUCGAUUAUGCUAAAGAAUUCUACGGCGCUCUUCCGCUGAAUCAAUCUCAGUCACGUCCACGACGUGCGAGAGAUCAGAUUGCAUCGCUAUCCAACCGCGUCGGCCAACCUGUGCUUAUUCGUGCUCGUGUGCAGACCUCACGAGCCCAGGGAAACAAAAUGGUCUUUCUCAAUUUGCGCCAACGCACCGAUUCCAUUCAAGGUCUUCUAGUGGUGACUCCUGAGAAAGUUUCAAAGCAGAUGGUCAAAUGGGCUGCAGGUUUGGCCGAUGAGAGUAUAGUGCUCAUUGAAGGAGUCGCAGAGAAAACUUCCGAGCCAAUCAAAAGCGCGUCCGUCUCCGAUGUAGAAAUCCAUAUCUCCAAGAUUCAUUUGAUUGCAGGAUUGGACUCUCGAUUGCCAUUCACCGUCGAGGAUGCUAAUCGUCCGGAACAAGAUGCCAAUGCUGAGGUCCAGUACAACCGUGUUCUCCUCGAGACGCGCUUAAAUAAUCGGGUUAUCGACCUUCGAACGCAAACCAAUCAAGCCGUAUUUAGGCUGCAGGGCGCCAUUGGAGACCUCUUCCGUGAAUACCUAAGCGCCAAUGGUUUCAUGGAGAUCCACAGUCCAAAACUUCAAGGAGCUGCAACAGAGUCAGGAGCAUCUGUCUUCAAAGUCAGUUACUUCAAGGGUAACGCCUUCUUGGCUCAAUCUCCACAACUCGCGAAACAAAUGGCUAUUGCCGCAGAUUUUGAGCGAGUCUACGAAAUUGGACCGGUGUUCCGUGCUGAGGAUUCCAACACUCACCGCCAUAUGACAGAGUUUAUCGGUCUUGAUCUCGAGAUGGCCAUUGAGGAGCAUUACCAUGAAGUCAUGGAAAUGCUUGAUGGAAUGCUCAAACACAUUUUCAGCGGCCUCCGUGACAAGUAUAGAAAAGAAAUAGACGUUGUCCAGAAGCAGUUCCCAGCAGAUGACUUCAAGUGGAGGGAAGGACCUGAGGGUACCUUGGUUCUUUCGUUCAAAGAAGCUGUUGAAAUCCUCGUUGAAGACGGAGUUCCCAGAGAAGACCUGGAUGACUUUAGCACAGAAAAUGAGAAGAGACUAGGCAGGCUCAUCAAGGCCAAGUAUGACACCGACUAUUAUAUUAUUGACAAGUUCCCUAUGGCGCUGCGCCCAUUCUACACUAUGCCUGAUCCAGAAGAUCCCACAUUGUCGAAUUCGUACGAUUUCUUCAUGCGGGGCGAGGAGAUUCUUUCUGGAGCGCAGCGUAUCCAUGACCCUAAAGUUCUUUCGGAAAAGAUGCUCAGCAAAGGAGUCGAUCCUGAAUCGAUGAAACCCUAUGUUGAUGCUUUCCGCAUGGGCUGCCCUCCUCAUGGUGGAGGAGGAAUUGGUUUGGAGCGCGUGCUGAUGCUUUUCCUCAAACUCAAUAACAUAAGACGGGCAUCUCUGUUCCCGAGAGAUCCCAAGAGACUUGAACCCUAG